AGAAAAGGGGCAAAGUGCACGCAAUGCAAUCAACUCCAGAUCUUGGGCUUUAGGAAUCACAGUGACAGCCCUCAGAGAUGCUGGCCGAGUAGGUGCACUGGACUUGGAAUUUCGACAUGAACAAGCCAGAGGAAGUGGUGGAGACGGAUGAGGAACCGGGGAGCGAGGAAGUGAACGAGGCGGUUGAGGCUGAUCUCCAGCACUCGGAGGAGGACGAGGAAGAGGAGGCUGGGCGCCAGGGCAACAACAAGCAAGGAGCGCGGACGCGGCCAGCAGACGAGGAGGGGACCCUGGCCAGGUCUGCCAGCACGGAGAGCGGCUUUCACAACCAUACAGACCGAGCGGAGGGUGACGUGAUCUGCACACAGGGCGACCCCUACAGCUCCCGGGAGGGGCUGCAGGAGAACGAGGAGGACGAACGCUCCUACGCUGUCCACUGCCGGCCAGAGGCGGAGGAGUACACUGAGAACGCGGAGUCAGAGCACGCGGAAGCUGCUGAGAAUCGUACUCUCCCGAACAUUUUGCAAUUCAACAUGGUGGACCGUGAAGGGCUUAUGAGCUCGGCCUACUCAGGGUACGUUUAUAGCCACCAUCCAUUCCAUCGCAGUGAGGAGGAACACUAUGCCCAGCCCUACGAUGACUACACAGUUCAAGAACAUGUUUACGAGGAGAUCGGUGAGGCGCCAGAGCUAGACAGUCGGGAAACACUCCGGCUGUACCAGCAGGAGAGGGAGGAGGCGGAGAAUUACCGGAAGGAAGCUCUGGGGGCAAGGCUGCAUCACUACGACGAGCGGUCAGACAAUGAGUCGGACAGUCCGGAGAAAGAGGCUGAGUUUGCUCCUUACCCCCGGAUGGACAGCUACGAGCAAGAGGAGGACAUUGACCAGAUUGUCGCUGAAGUGAAGCAGAGCAUGAGUUCCCAAAGCCUUGAGCAGACCUCUGAGGAGAUGCCAGAGGCUGAGCAGAACUCGGAGUGUAGUGGCGCCCCUGGCAGCGGGCACGAGAGCGAUGAUGUCAUGUCUGCACUGAAUUCCCGAUCUGUGUCUUCCACAGGCUUGGGAGAGUCUGUGAGACACACCAGAGAACAAAGGGAUGCUAUUUCUUUAGCUAUUAAGGACAUCAAGGAAGCGAUUGAAGAGGUAAAAACCAGAACCAUACGAUCUCCUUACACUCCUGAUGAGCCAGCAGAGCCCAUCUGGGUUAUGCGACAAGAUGUUAGCCCAACGGCAGAUUGUGAGAACCAAAUGAUGAUGGAAGGAGAUCAAUCAGCCUCACCUGGUUCCUCUUCCCCCCGAGGUGCAGAAUCAUCUAUGACGCAGCAUCGAACUGACAUACAUGAUGCAGCAGAAACCUCAGCAAAUCGAGAGGCUCAGUCAAGAAAAUGUUUGGCCUCCUUUCCAACUUACGUUGAAGUCCCUGGGCCAUGCGACCCAGAAGAUUUGAUUGAUGGCAUCAUCUUUGCAGCCAACUACCUGGGCUCCACCCAGCUGCUCUCUGACAAAACCCCGUCCAAAAAUGUGCGGAUGAUGCAAGCCCAGGAGGCAGUCAGCAGAAUCAAGGCAGCUGAAGGGGAGGCCCAGCCGAUGACGGAAGUCGACCUCUUCAUCUCGACUCAGAGGAUUAAGGUGCUCAAUGCUGACUCACAGGAAACUAUGAUGGACCAUCCCUUAAGGACCAUUUCCUACAUUGCAGACAUUGGGAACAUUGUUGUGCUGAUGGCUCGUCGACGCAUGCCCCGUUCCAACUCCCAGGACAGUGUGGAGGCGUCUCACCCGUCCCACGAUGGGAAGAGGCAGUACAAGAUGAUCUGCCACGUCUUUGAGUCCGAAGAUGCCCAGUUAAUAGCUCAGUCUAUAGGACAAGCUUUUAGCGUUGCUUAUCAGGAGUUCCUGCGAGCGAACGGCAUUAAUCCAGAAGAUUUGAGCCAGAAAGAAUACAGUGACCUCCUCAACACUCAGGACAUGUACAAUGACGACCUGAUUCACUUUUCAAAGUCGGAAAAUUGCAAGGAAGUUCAUGUUGAUAAGCAGAAAGGUGAAAUAUUGGGUUUAGUGAUCGUUGAGUCUGGCUGGGGCUCCAUACUGCCCACUGUGAUCAUCGCAAAUAUGAUGCAUGCCGGCCCAGCAGAAAAGUCUGGAAAGUUGAACAUUGGGGACCAGAUCAUGUCUAUCAAUGGCACCAGCCUGGUGGGACUCCCACUGUCCACCUGUCAGAGCAUCAUAAAGGGUUUGAAGAACCAAUCUCGGGUGAAACUGAACAUUGUGCGAUGCCCGCCUGUCACUACGGUGCUAAUUAGAAGACCAGACCUUCGCUACCAGCUGGGUUUCAGUGUCCAGAAUGGCAUUAUCUGUAGCCUUAUGCGAGGAGGAAUUGCAGAGCGCGGAGGCGUGAGGGUUGGCCAUCGAAUCAUAGAGAUCAAUGGGCAAAGUGUCGUUGCAACACCUCAUGAAAAGAUAGUCCACAUUCUGUCCAAUGCAGUUGGUGAGAUUCACAUGAAGACAAUGCCAGCUGCCAUGUACAGACUGCUGACUGCGCAAGAACAGCCAGUUUACAUCUGAAAGGGGCUGUCACCAUGACCCAGUGUGCAAAGUGGAUAUGUCUGUGUGGUUUGGUUGUGUUAAUCAUUGCUGUGUUCCUGCAGUAGCAGGAACAAUGAUAUUUUUAAUUUAAACAUGCUUUGUUUGACAAAACAAAAUUUGUUGAGAAAUCUUUGAUGCCUUUCAGAGAAGCAGCGUUGUGUGAUUUAUAUAGAAAUGAACGUAAAUAUAUUCCCAUGGGCUUCUCCUCAGUUAAUUCUCAAUUAGGCAAAAUAACUGGGCACCCAUCUAGUUUGAUGUUAUUUAAGAGAGGACCUUUCACAGUAACCAUUUCAACACAGGUGAUGGUGUCAUUGGGAAAUGUGUUUUAAGCUUAAAGAACUGAUAAAGAGCAUUUAAAAAGUUACGAUACUUGUUUUACAGAGCAGGCUAUGCUAACAACUGCUCAGAAAUAUCCAAAUUUUCAUUCCUAACUUUUAGUUUAAAAAAAAUUCCAGAAUUGUUUCCCGUUACUUCUGUGAGACAUUCCACACGCAUAUGACAUGUUAAAUUUAAAACAGUUGUUAUUUUAACAAUCUUAACUGAUUCUGAGUUUUUUUUCCCCUUUCAUUUCAAUACUUUUAAAGCCCAUUUUACUGACACUCCAUGUGGAGCUGUGAUCAUUCCUUUGACUCCAGUUUAUAAAGCAAAAAGCUUGAUGGCAUAAUUAUCUUUAUUAAUAUUAACAAAUCUGUAGCUGAGAUUGUAAAACAGGGAACACUAUUUUAUACUCAUGUCUGCUUUUUUCUUUAAGCAUAAAAAUAAGCAAAGAGAG